CUGCUGGAAACUCAUCCUUUCCCGGACUCUGGGACAGGGGACUCCAAUGAUCCUGACACGCUGCUCCACUUCAACCGAGCAGGGAAGGGAAUGCCCUACAAGGAGCCCGACCCGUCCGGGAGCAUCCCCAAACCCUCGUGGGUCACGAACCGCUGGGCGCCCAGCCCGAGGCACCGCGGCGAGCUCAGGACAGACGGUGACAAGGAGAAGGUGUGUCAGACCGAAUGCAGGAAGGAGCGGGAUGAAGGGGAGGCUUUCUGUGCCAGCGAGUUCGCAGUGAAUGGAAUUGUUUAUAACCUGGAAAGCCUGGGGAAUGGAGUGCAGUGGGUCACCCUCCUGGUGGACAGGGAUGGAUUGUACAAGAUGAGCCGCCUGUAUGUCACUCCUGACGCCGCCUUCUUCCGAGUUCACAUCUUGGUUGUGGAUACUUUCAACUGCAGUAAACCAUGUCCAGACUUUAAACUUGGCAGCAGGUACAUCGUGAUGGGCCACAUCCACCACAAGCGCCGCCAGGUGCCCGCCGAGCUGCUGCCGGCGCUGCGCGGGCGGCUGCGCCCGGGGGACGGCUGGGUCGGGAGCGGCAGCAGCUACGUGAGGAGAUUCAACAGGAAAAGGGAUCUCAGGGUGAGGGCAGCGCGAUCCAAGUGUCCUUAAGGCUCCUUCCAGGACGUGGGAGCAGCGGGAUCCACCCUCGGAGCACACCUGGCCGUGGGCAGCGCUCCCGCCCGGAGCCGCAAUCCAGCAGGUGCUUUUGUGCUUCAGCAAACACUGGGUGCCUCCAGCAGGCACCCCCGGCGAGGCUCAGCACAGGAGACAUUCCAGGGAAUGUUAACUGGCCGGGAAUUUGCUCCAGCUGCUUUCACAGCCACAGGUUAUUGUUGCUUCCCCUGCUGCAGUGUGCCCCGAAUAAUCUGUAGUAACUGUAAUGCAAAAUUCUGGCAGUUUCGUCCUCUGUACACAACAACUGCACUUGGACCCCUUCACCUUGAACACAUGAGAUGAUAGCACAGCUUUAUCUACACAGGAUGUUCACUGUGCUUUCACAGUUCUGCCUAAAUUAUCACACGCAUUUGAUUUCAAAGAAACCAACACCUCUAAGUACCAUUUGCAUUAUUUUUGUCUCCUCAACCAUGUCCAUGGUAUUUCUGAAAAUUACACCAUUCUAACAGCAGAGCUGGAUGUUCACACAAAGCAUAGGGAAUAGAGUGUAAUGAUUUGAGUAUAUGAGCACUGAAAGCAAAACACAAAUGCCUAGUUGCAUUUACAAGUGAUGGUGCAGGGAAUGCAAAAUGAGCACGGGCUACACAAACUGGUGUGCUAGGGCACUUCAUCCCAGAGCUGUGCUGAAUGCCAUUCCCCAGGAGAAAUAUUGCCAAGCUUGUACUUACACAAAAGCAAAGUUACUUUUUAAAUCAAAAGACAGUAUUUUAUUACCUUUAGUGUGAUGAAAUUGAGAUGUUUGUUGUUCCCAGUCAGUAUUCACAAAUAACAAGUCUGUAAAAGAAACUAAUAAAUGCUCAUGAGGUUCUGCUUUCACUGUCUCCUGGGCUCUGGAAGACCCAAAAAAACCUUAUGUAAUGAUGUUGCACAAAGGCAUCUCUUUGUGUGACAAGCUGGCUAAGGAUUUGAUACAUAUUUAUACUAAGAAAUGUAAAAAAUGCAGUACAGCUUAAACCCCACAUACUCAGUGAUAUGAUGUGAGCUGCCACAGGAAGCAGUGGCUUCUACAGAAGCAUUUGCUGUUUUGAAACAAGGUAGUUCUGACACUCUGUACUUGUCACACACCUCUGCAGCUUCAUUUGGUGUCACUGGAAAGCCACAGAGCAUGGGAUGGGCUAUGCUGCAUCAAGUAUUUCUUGAUAUGGAGCCAAAUACCAAGAGCAAACAUCCCUUAUUUGGGACCCAAAAGGCUUUUACUGGAGGAUAGAAAUUUACUCACAGCAUGAGUCUACCUAAAAAAUACCAUGUCUCACUUUUUAUAUGUGAAAGACUUUGCAUGCAGCACAGCAUGGAUUGAUGGAAUUUUCCUGAGAAAAUCUGAGGGGGUUUUGAUUUGGCAGAAGGACUGUUCUGGCAACGAAUCAAAGCUCUGGAGUGACUGGGAGGGACAGGAGGAGGAAGGGUUACAUGUGCAUCUCGAGUUUCUUUGUUUCUAUUUUCAGGGGAAGUCCAGGGAUUAAGCAGCAACUCCUCCAGGC